AUGUCCGAGGACCCUUGCAUCGUGCAAGCCGCCCAGAUCCGCGCAAUGCUCUUUGUCUUGGGCAUAGACAAGCUCAUGGGUGAGGUGCGCGCGGUCUGGGUGGCUCUCAAACAAAGCGAGACGACGCUUCUGGCAGCGGCUGGGGUCACCAACUACUGCGUCUGCGUGAUCGAGUCGCUCGCGGCCGAGCUGAUCCUCGCACUUCCGUAUGUGGCGACGCUCGACGGCAUUGGCAUCCUCCUUUGGACAGACACGCUUCGUCUUCUUCUCGAACGCACCGAGCUUGGGCUCAGCGAGGCCUUGGUGAUGUGCUUCAAGGUGCGGCCGUGCAAAUUGGUGCUUUUGCUCUAA